CAGAGAAGGACAUCGAGAGAGAGAGACAGACAGAGACAGAGAGACAGAGAGACAGAGAGAGAGUGAGCCUAAGAGAGCAAGAACAAGAGAGACAGAACGAGUGAAAGUGAGAGAGAGAGAGACUGAGCCUGAAAAAGCAAGAGAGAGAGACAGAAACAGAGAGAGAACGAGUGAAUGUGAGAGAGAGAGACUCCGUCCCACACGGUUCUAAAUGGCAGAGGAAGUGGGCAAGCCACAGCCGCCGCUGGUCGACUCGUUCUGUCUGGAGUCGGUCAUGCAGCCUUUCCCUCGUUCUCCAAAAACACAACGGAAACCAGACGCCCACUCGGUCAAACCCUCACAGGAACAGCUGUCCUGCUGGCUGGAGGAGCUGGAGAAGGAGAGCAAGAGCACGGAAGCUCACAUGGCGUCUCUGAGAAAGCGCCAAGACAACCUGACUACGAGCGCCGAGACGAUGGAGCAGCAAGUACGUGAGCGAUUCGAGGCCAUGCGUCUGGCUCUGGAGAAGGAAGAACAAACUGUACUGGCGUCACUGGAACAAGAGUACAGAGAGAACAGCAGCAGAAUGACGCGUCUCCUGAACGACUGGAACCAGCACCUGAAACUGGUCCGCAAGCGCAUCAGCACCAUCAGGACACUGCAGCAGGGAGGAGCUGAGCAGCAGCAGGUCUUUCCUGAAGAUUUCAGCUGCCACAAGAAGCAGGACGCGGACGAGCUGGUCAUCAGGCUGAAUGAGGAAAAGUUCCAGAAGCUCAUGAAGGUUUUGGGGAAGAUCUCAAAAGAUCUGCAGGUCCAACUACAGAAGAAGAGCUUGCUGCUCGACUCCACUGAGGUGGUGAUUGACAGGACAGCCAGCCACAGACAGAUCAAGGUGACUGCGAAUGGGCGGGGCUUUCACAUCUCUCCUGAAGACAGCUCGGGUCCUCAUGACCCUCUGCAGUUCGAUCAGACAUGCUGCGCCCUGGGCUCGCUGGCUAUCAGCUCGGGUAGCCGCUACUGGGAAGUGGGUGUUCACUGCUGCCUUUCCUGGGCCGUGGGUGUGGCUUACGGAAGCCUGCAGAGAAAAGGGCGGGACAAAAGCACCAAGCUGGGCAGGAACAGACUCUCAUGGAGCCUGGAGUUCCUGGACGGUCGUCUGUCGGUUUGGCACAACGACCGCCACUUGCUUCUGUCCGCUCGAGCGCCGGACAGGGUGGGCGUGUUCGUGAACUUUCACAAGGGUCGAGUUGUGUUCUACGACGCAGACGCUAUGAAGAUGCUGCAGGAUUUCUCAACCAGCUGCACGACCGUGUUCGAGAGAGCACAUCAUCAGUUCACCGAGCCUGUGUUUCCUGCUUUUCGCUUCUUCAAAGCUAGAGAUCGACAGCUUGUUCCGGAUCACAUGGAGAUCUGUGACCUCGGGCUCUAAUGCGCCGUCGUUCUGCAGUCAUGUGGAAAUGCAGAUGGACCUCCUCCUGCAGAUUUUAGUUUUUAAACCUUUUUAACCU